AUGCCCUUACUUCGUGUAACAACUUUCAAGAAUGAGCACUUACAUUCUGCCCAAGAAGACCUUGAAGUUUCUUACAGUACAAGGUGCACACUGACUUCGUUUAUAAUUGAUGAUGCAGUAAGUUUUAAUGUGGAAAAAAGACCCAAUAAAAUCAAAGCUGACAUAUAUAGAGACUAUGGCAUAAGUCUAACUUAUCGUCGAGCUUUAAGAGCGAAAGAGAGGGCAUUGGUGGAAAUAAAUGGGCUUCCUGACCAAUCAUAUAUGCUUGUUCCUUGGUUGUGUAAUAGACUAAUGGAGACUGAUGCUGACACUAUAGCAAAAUGGGUGGCUUCUGAGAACAAUAGAUUUGAACGUUUAUUUAUUGAAUAUGAUUGUUCCAUUAAAGGAUUCUUGCUUGGGGCUAGGCCUAUUUUAUAUGUGGAUGGAUGUUUCCUCAGUGGUCCUUAUCAAGGCACCUUACUGGCAGCUUCAACAUACGAUGCCGAUAAUGAGUUGUUUCCAUUAGCUUUUGCAAUAGUAACUAUUGUUUUUGAUAGAAAUAAUGCUAUUAUUGGUGCUGUUCGAGCUAUAUUUGAUGGUGAUAGACAUGCAUUUUGCUAUCGACAUUUUAAGGAGAAUUUUAGCUUUGAGUUUAACAACGUUUGUAGGGGAAUGGGAAGGAACAGCAAAGAAGAGGCACUAAAGUUGCUUGAUUACAUUGCCUAUGCAAGGCAUGAGCACGAAUUUCAUAUAGCCAUGAGAAAUUUGAGGAUGUUCUCUCCACAAUUACCAAGAUGGGUUGAAAAUCAAGGCGAUGUUGAUCGGUGGGCACUAUCAUUGUUCCCAUUUCGAAGAUGGGAUAAGAUAACAACCAACUUGGCUGAAUCAUUCAAUGCAUGGAUUCUUAAGGAGAGGAGGCAUAAUAUAUGUGUUCUUAUAAAUGAGCAUAGAGACAAGUUGAGCAAGAAAUUUUUUGCAAGUAAGGCAGCCAUGAGUAAGUGGAAAAGCAUAGUUGGUCCCAAUGUUGAAGCAAAGUUGAAGGAAAAUAUUUUUAGGGCAGAAGUUAUGAUAGUUCAGCUGUAUGGCUCAUAUAUUGCAUUGGUUCGGACACCGUGUGGAGAUGUAUGUGUGAAUCUGAUACUAAGGGAAUGCACAUGCAAAGUUUGGCAAAUGUCUGGCAUUCCUUGCCCACAUGCUUGUGCAGCCAUUAAAGAAGUGCAUGGUAAUGUGUAUAACUAUGUCAAGAAAUGUUAUCUUCAUAGCUCACAAGAGAAAAUAUACAGUGGCACUAUGCAUCCUGUUGAGACCCAUGACAUGCCAAAGCCAAAUGCGUUGACAGUGUCUUAG